GGAAGGCCAGCCAGUCAAGGUCCAGCCCCUAGAAGAGAGAAGAGCUCCAGAUUCCCCAUCCUCAGCCUUUGCAAGGGGACGGCUGUGCCAGCCGGCGGGCAGGCUCCUGGCAGCAUGGCCCUGAAGCUCGGAGCCCUCCUGCUGGUCCUUGCACUCAGCCUGGCGCAGCCAGCCACGGGGGGCCGGAAGCUCCUGGUGUUUCUGCUGGAUGGUUUUCGCUCGGACUACAUCAGUGAUGAGGCCCUGGAGUCCUUGCCUGGUUUCAAAGAGAUCGUGAGCAGGGGAGUGAAAGUGGAUUACUUGACACCUGACUUUCCCAGUCUCUCUUACCCCAAUUACUACACCCUAAUGACUGGCCGCCAUUGUGAGGUCCAUCAGAUGAUUGGGAACUACAUGUGGGACCCUAACACCAACAAGUCAUUUGACAUUGGUGUCAACAGAGACAGCCUGAUGCCUCUCUGGUGGAAUGGAUCAGAACCUCUGUGGGUCACUCUGACCAAGGCCAAAAGGAAAGUCUACAUGUAUUACUGGCCAGGCUGUGAGGUUGAGAUUCUUGGUGUCAGACCUACUUACUGCCUAGAAUAUAAAAACGUCCCAACGGAUAUCAAUUUUGCCAAUGCAGUCAGCGAUGCUCUUGACUCCCUCAAGAGCGGCCGGGCCGACCUGGCGGCCGUAUACCACGAGCGCAUCGAUGUGGAAGGCCACCACUACGGCCCCUCCUCGCCUCAGAGGAAGGACGCCCUGAGGGCCGUGGACACCGUCCUGAAGUACAUGACCAAGUGGAUCCAGGAGCGGGAGCUGCAGGACCACCUCAAUGUCAUCAUCUUCUCAGAUCACGGAAUGACUGACAUUUUCUGGAUGGACAAAGUGAUCGAGCUGACCCAGUACAUCAGCCUGAGUGACCUGCAGCAAGUGAAGGACCGAGGACCUGUUGUGAGCCUCUGGCCAGCCCCUGGGAAACACUCUGAGGUGUACAACAAAUUGAGAACAGUGGAACACAUGACUGUCUACGAGAAAGAAGCCAUACCAAGCAGGUUCUAUUACAAGAAAGGGAAAUUUGUCUCUCCUUUGACUUUAGUGGCUGAUGAAGGAUGGUUCAUAACUGAGAAUCGAGAGACACUUCCUUUUUGGAUGAACAGCACUGGCAGGAGGGAAGGCUGGCAGCACGGGUGGCACGGCUAUGACAACGAGCUCAUGGACAUGCGUGGCAUCUUCCUGGCCUUUGGACCCGAUUUUAAAUCCAACUUCAGAGCUGCUCCAAUCAAAUCCGUGGAUGUCUACAACGUCAUGUGCAACGUGGCAGGCAUCACUCCCCUGCCCAACAAUGGGUCCUGGUCUAGGGUGAUGUGCAUGCUGAAAGACCAGGCCAGCUCGGCUCUGUCUGUCCAACCGAGCAGCUGUGUUCUGGUCUUGAUUCUCCUCCUACUAUUUGCAUAGAUGCUGCUAUUGUCGUUUCCAAACACUCAGCCAAGUGUGCCUCCACGGUGGGGCAGUUUUCAUUUUCUAUUUGAAUAAUAGCUUCAUUAACACAAUCAAGGCCACAAAAAUUGUAAAUAUACUGUUCUUGGAUGAUUCCAUACAUAAAAGUCCUUACUUCUUAAAAAAAGGAAAAAAAGAAAAGAAAAGAACGAAAAGAAAGCACCAAAAACCCCAAGCUUUAUUUUUUCUGGAAGUAAGGAAAACUCUAGCUUUUCAUUGGUUUAACUAUAUGUCAUUUCUGCAUCCUUUUCCUGCAGUUACUCAGAUGAACUGUCUGAGUAGGAGCCUAUCCCUGGGGCAAAAAGACUGUAAGUGGAUAUUGCAUGGAGUCUUGGGCUCCUCUCUGUCCUGCCUUGCACAAAGCAGGCCCUCGUCUGUGUACGGUCCACACCCAGAAGCCAUCCUUGGGGUCUAUGGCCACAAUCCUGUACUUUUUCCAUCCCAGAAAAAGGAAGUCCAUAUAAAAACAAUAGCUGUUUUUAUGGUCCAGCUCAUGGUCCAGCUCAUGGAGUUUUUUCAUUUUAUACCAAGUCCCAGAAAAGGCAUAUUUUAGCUUGGACCACCAAUCAAAAGCACUAAGGAUUGAAGAACUCAUAGAACAAGGGGAAAAAUGUGGGUGCCCUGCCAGUCUUGAGUGCAGAAAAAUUUCUCCCUUGCCUUGAGGGGCAGAAAAGUUUGCAGUGGACCCAGGCUUCUGUGAGGCUUAUCACAAGUCUGUCACAACAUGGCAGGCCCUGCAUGUGUGGGUGGACUAAUGAUCCCCAGACAGACAGCCUAUAGCAAAACCUGGCCUAUCAUUACAGUCGGAUACAGUCAUUACACAUCUUGCUGAUGACUUGUGGACAUGUUUUGCAGAAGUCUCCGUUCUCUGCUUGGAAUGGUGGAGCAUUAAACAUAAGUUCUAUGCACCAGGAGUCUGGAGCAAGGCCUGUUGAAUAAUCCCAGCAAAGCGUACCCUGCGGGACCCAGAAUCCCAAGGAAAAUAGUGGGAGUGGGGGUGGGGUGGGGAGGGGGGGGGACAUGAUGGAACCCUUGGUCACUAACCAAUUAGCCAUUUGAUUAGGAAACAGUUUGGUCGAAGUGCCACCUCAGGGGCCUACAUUUUUUGGAAACCCCUAAGAGCCACUGAGCCGGAGUUUGAAUGUUUUCAGUUUAGUCAUCCAGAUUUGCUGUAGGAAAUCUUGCGGUGAAACAAAGAAUAACUGCAUGUUUAAGUGAUCAGAGUCACAUACACAUAUCGUUGCAUUAACAGUGAGUUUGCACUAAAUGGGGCACAGCUGCAAAAGAGACUGUCAGGAAGACACAGCACAUCAGGUCCCCACAGGAUAAUGAAGCCCUUUUAUAGUGUUUGCCUUGAGAAAUGAACGUCACUCACCCUGAUCCGAGAAGGCUGGGAGCAUCUCAGCACCUUAAAUCAUGAGAGCAAAAAAUCACUACUUAAAAAAAAAAAAAUAUAUAUAUAUAUGUAUAUAUAUAUAUACAUAUAUAUAUAUAUAUGCCAAAUUUGUCAUCACAAAAGAUUUCUACGGAUUUAUGUAAUAUGUUUUAUAAGUGCCAACAAACCAUCGAAUCAAUUAGAAAGAAGGCAAAUCAGCCUUUGUUAUUUGGCUGAAAGCAAACUGGUGCUCUCAGAACAUUGGGCGGUGGCUGUUGAAAGGCAUCCAUUGUUCAAAGUGUCCUUUCUCCCGAAAGGACGGUGUCCUGAUGAAUUCAGUGGAGCCCACCUUCCUGCCUUAUGAAGGAAGGAUCGCUAGAGAAGAUAUCCAAGUGAUUCAGUUCAAAGUGGAUCAUCAAAAUCAAAAGAGUACAAACACGCACAUGCUCUUACAUUUGCCUUUCUUGCUCUGUUCUACCCUUUCCCCCUCACUCAUCUUUAAAAACUUCAAGUUACACACCAAAAUCUCAGAUAUUUGUCUGACAAAGUGUAGCUAAUAAAUAAUCUUAAAUAGAUGAAUAAGAGUAAGAUACAUUUGGAAUCAUGAAUAUUGGUAAAGAAUAAAGAAAAUUCAGACACUAAGCGGAGAAAAAAACUUUUUUCUAAAGUAAUGCAUACAUUUUAGCAGCCUAAUUAUUUGGCUAGAAUGUUUUCCCUUUGAUUUUUAUUUUAAAACUUUAUUUUAAAGUUACAUUUUUUCCCCAGGAAAAUUCUUUCUCUAAACGUGUUCUGUUCCUUUGGAGUAAAAUCUCGUACAUGUAGACGCCUUUUCUCCUGGAUUAUUUUGCGACUUCACUGCUAAUUCUGGGGGGAGGAUAAUUGGGUUGACCUGAAAAUACUGAAGAUAAACCAAAGGAAUGAUCCUUACCUUAAAGAUGAGAUGAAUGGCUACUUUUCCCUGCCCAGUGUCUAAUUUCCAAAACCCAAUUCAAUUAGUUCUGAAGACCUAAGCAUAAAUUUGCACAGGCCCAGGGAAUUGCUUCUCGUCUCAAAGAGCUCUGAUUAGAGAGUCCCAACUCUUUCUACUUUUAAAGAGAACUUGGAAAUGCACAUUGAUCUGAGUUCAGUCACUGACGGCCGUUUUGGAAACUUCUGGGAUUAUAGGUAUCAUCUGACCUGCUGCCAGAGAUGUAGAUUCAGGGGAUCUGGGUGGGACCUCGGGCAACACUUAUAGGUUUGGGUUUGCUUGAAGGUGAAAAGGGUUCUGGUUUGACCUUGGUAGACUUGAGCAGUUUCAUAAUCCACCAGUUUCUCCAGAGGCCAUUGGACUGGCAUCGGCUACUGGUCCCAGCCGGGUCAAGCUUCAGCUCUCUCUAAACCAAAGCAGAUCUGCAAGCCCCAGGGAUGGAGAGAAGCACCCAAAGGGGCAAACUUGGCUUCUCUCCAUCCCAUUCCUAUGAGUCUAAGAUUUCCAAGAGUGUUAUCAAACAAACUCAUAGACAUAUUUUAUGAAUUUUCUAAAAAAGUGUUUUUGCAUUUCUGUAAAUAUCAAGAGAUUUCCUAAUGUGGUUGUGUGUUUAAUCUUUUUAAACAAUUUGUGAUAGACCAAAGUCAGCUCUUGUAAACUAUUUGCUAGAAGGAAGGGAGGUGGUAGCCUUGACAGACUGGUUAAAAAACAUGUGAAACUCGGUCUCAGGUGUAUGCUGUGAAAAAUGUACUUGUGUGUGUGUUGCUUUGAAAUCAUAAAAUAGCACCUAGUGCAGUGCUUCAAAUGUUUAAUAAAUGUUCCAUAAAUAUGUGUUGAAUGAAAAAAAGAAUAAAUCUCAUUAAGGAGACCUGCUUACACCUCAGAUAUUCUCUUUGCCUAUAGUUCCACAAAUUAAAAGAAUGAUUCAUUUUUGG